AUGAGAAGCAGAGGUUUUUGGUCCGUCCAGGUGCCCUCGGAGGGGAGGUCCGAGGCUGAGAAGGCUGCCAAGAAGGCCGCCAAGGCCGCUGCCAAAGCUCAGAAGGAAGCCGAAAAAGCUGCCAAGGCCGCAAGCCGGGGCCAGAAGCAGGCAUCAGUCACCGAGGCCGACCCGAACGAUCCACUUGCCAGCCAGUACGGCGAUGUCGAGCUGGUUCAGAGCCAGACGAUCUCGGGGAAUGUAUGGACCAAGGUGGAGAAGUUGGACCCUAGCAUCGAAGGCACCACGGUCUUGGUAAGAGCACGGGUGCAGACCGUUCGUGGCAAGGGCAAGUCUGCCUUUUUAGUGCUGCGCCAGGAGCUGGCCACCGUGCAGGCCGUCCUCUUUGUCGAUGACAACUGUCAGCAAAGGCAUGGUCAAGUCGAGCUGAAGGUCACUGCCAUUCGAUGUGUGGCGCGGGCAGGUCCCCUGCCCUUUGAGAUCGCUGAUGCUGCACGUGGUGCAGAGGCCAUAUCCAAGGCCACGGAAGCUGGCGAGCAGGUCGUCACCGUCUUGCAGGACACGCGUCUGGACAACAGGAUCAUCGAUCUCCGCACCCCCGCCAACCACUCCAUCUUCAGGGUUCAGUCUGCGGUCACACAGCUAUUCCGGGAGUUCUUGCUGAAGGAGGACUUUGUGGAGAUCCACACCCCAAAGCUCCUCGGUGGUGCCUCUGAGGGCGGCGCAUCAGUAUUCAAGCUGGAUUAUAUGGGACAGCCAGCCUGCCUCGCUCAGUCGCCACAGUUUUACAAGCAGAUGGCCAUCUGUUCAGACCUGCCUCGUGUGUUUGAGGUCGGCCCGGUCUUCAGGGCUGAGAAUUCGUACACGCACCGCCACCUGUGCGAGUUCACUGGUCUUGACAUGGAGAUGACUAUCAACGAGUCCUACCAUGAAGUUCUGGAUGUAGUAGACAGACUUUUCCACACAAUGUUUGAAGUUGAUCCUUUUGGUGAUCUGAACACGGAGCUGGAGCGGGUCCUCGGCAAGAUUGUUGCCGAGAAGUACAACACUGACUUCUACAUUCUGCAUCGUUACCCUUCUGCUAUCCGUCCAUUCUACACGAUGCCAUGCAAGGAUGACGAGCGAUACUCCUGCUCUUACGACAUCUUCAUUCGUGGCGAGGAAAUCAUCUCUGGCGCCCAGAGGAUCCACGACCCUUCCCUGCUGGAGAGGAGGGCCAAGGAAUGCGGGAUUCCUGUGGAGACCAUCCAGGCAUACGUGGACUCCUUCAAGUAUGGUGCCUGGCCUCAUGGCGGCAUUGGUGUCGGCAUGGAACGAGUGGUCAUGCUCUUCUGUGGCCUGGACAAUGUGCGGAAGACGUCGAUGUUCCCCAGAGACCCCAAGCGUCUGGCGCCUUGA